AUGCCGGUCAAGAAAGAGAAGAUCGUCCCGCAAAAGCAACGAUUGACGAUUCAACAAGUUGCUACGUAUGAUGAUAUAUUGACGGAUGCGCUUGUCGAUCAUGUUUACUUCUGGACCAGCAUUCGAAAGAAUAGAAAUGCGUACCAUUCAACUCGCGGCGUUCGAGAAGAAGAUGUUACAUCCAUAAUCCAGAAACAUGUCAUCAUCGAGAAAGAUCUUUCGCAGGCAGAGAUCGAACUGCUGAAGUUACCGGGUUUAAAGAACUUUCUAGGGAGUUUAAAAACAGAUAAAGAAAAGGAGGACUUCAGAAAGCAUUUGAAGAAGUACAUAAGCAUCUACCUACCAGACUGUCCGUUUGAGGUCUCCACUACGAAUCGGUAUACGAUCGAUACACAUGAAGCCGCGGUGACAGCAAGGAGGUUUAUCAAGAAGGGCGAGGUUAUAAAAUAUCUAUGCGGGGUUCAGGUUAUGAUGACCCCUGAGGAGGAGAAGUUCGUUCAAUCGAGUAAACGCGAUUUCAGCAUCGUAAUAUCGAGUCGAAAGAAAACACCUUCGAUCUUUCUUGGGCCAGCACGAUUUUCUAACCACGACUGUGAUGCAAAUGCGAGAUUAAGUACUACUGGUACAGCUGGAAUGGAAGUAAUCGCUGUAAGGGAUAUCGAUCUAGGGGAAGAGGUUACGGUUGCUUAUGGAGAUAACUAUUUCGGAGAAGACAAUUGCGAAUGCUUGUGCCAUACUUGCGAGAAGCGCGGCGAGAGUGGCUGGUCACAUGGAGGUGAUGUAGAAACAGCUCCAAAGCCCUCUAUCGAAGAUGAGGCGACGUUAAAGGGACACUACUCAUUUAGACGAAGACGCAGACUGGAAUCUGAGGAAACUAUUUCUAGAAAUCAGUCUUUGACACCAGAUGUAAACCUUCGACCACAUGUGGCAAAGCGGACACCAAGUUCGCUUACGCGAUUCAAGAAUACUGAAUCUUCGCUGGGCAAUUCGCCUAAACUUGAACCACGAAGUCUUAACUUCCAGAAACGAAAAAUAGGAAGUCCAUUGAAGACCCAAAAAUCCGCCGAGAGUCCUGUUGGGGACCAAUCCCUUCAGAAGGCAGAGCAACCAGAAGUUUUCAUGGAGGUGACGAACAGCCUAGAAGAUGCUUGUGAAAAAGAUCCGGAUUCUCUUCCCAAAUCGUCACCACAAAGCUUUGUCGAUGCUGUCAGUUCGCAUCCCUCUCCUAUCAGUUCGGGAGACAUCUCGAGGCGUGGAAGCAUCUCUACAGCAGCGGACGGGCAUACUUCAACUGAUGCUACAUCUGUGGACGACGAUACCAUUAUCGUUCAACAACCCUUACAUCUAACACCUACAAUUCCUGCGGCCAUCAAACGCCGAGGUAGUAAAGUGUCUGAUGUUCUUGAGCAAGCGAAAACUACGGAAGCCAUUAUUAUUGGCCCAUCAACAUCUCUUCAACACCCUGCUAUCGAGGUCGUUGCAUCAGCGCCAGAAUCUGUUCUUUCGGAACUUGACAAUGCAGAAAUGAACGUAUUAGAACAGUCAUUGUCCUCUAUCACGACCGAUACACCGUCAAAGAAAAGAGGACGAAAGAAGAAGAGGAAGCUCGAGGAUGACACCGAAGAUGGUGGAAACACGAACGAUAACAAAAGAAAGCGGUCCGACACUUCGCCAACCCCAGAAGCUCCCACAGUCAAUCGCGUUCCAGGAGAUUAUGUUCUCACACCGACGCUUCUCGCCCAGCCUGCUUCCGCAUGGAUCAAUUGCAGUAUCUGUGAAGAGCCUUUUGUGCAAGAGAACGCUUACUUUACGCGUUCCUCUUGCCCAAGAUGCGAACGUCACAGUAAACUCUACGGUUACAUGUGGCCCAAAACAGACAAGGAAGGUCGGGAUGACUCGGAAGAGCGAGUACUGGAUCACCGAACAGUGCACCGUUUCAUUAGACCUGAGGAAGAACGCAGUAUACGGAGAAAGAAUCACAAUGCAACGGGCAGUCGUACAGUAAGCCGAGCCGUCACACGCGAAGCCAGUGUGCCCAUUGAGGUUGCGGAUCACGAAGAGGAAGAGCCAGUUCCCAAGGUUAGAAGUCGAAGAGGAAGGCCGGUGAAGCAAUCACGGAAAACGAUGUAA